CUACCCACUAGUGAGCCUUAUCUUCCUCGCUUGUUAUUCCUAACCUCUUUGCCCGUCUUCGAUCCGUUCGAAAGUCAGAGCAGAAAGACUUGGAAGGGCUGUUGAGCGAUUAAGUAACCGGAAAAUCAGUUCAACUCAGAAAAAUGUCAGCAUGGAGGCAAGCAGGUCUAAAUUACAUCAAUUAUUCUCAAAUUGCUGCAAAGAUUCUUCGCCAAGCUCUGAAAAGUAACUUAAGGGCAGAAGCCCUUAAACGCGACGAAUCAUCAAUUAGAUUCACACAAUGGAAAGAUGGGAAACCCGCAACUGAAAAAGAAUAAAGACAAAUUAGGUCACUGAUAUCACAAUGGAUAGGAUAAUCCGCUUCACAAAUAUUCAUUUAUAGGAAAGUAAUUUCUGUAAUGUGAUUCUGGCCACCCAUGUGAAAUAAAACUCUUCAUGUGCUAUAAUUA